GUAAAUACAAAUUCGGACGAAAGAAGUUUCGGGAGUUAACCGAAGCCCGCCAAAAUUGUCACUUAACCAAACAUUUUUUGCGUAUGUUCUGUGGUGAAACAUUUUGUAAUAAUUCGUGAAAAUGAAGGAUAAACUAACAGCGGGCGCUUUAUUGCGCAUUAUGAAAGGCCAGGAGGUGGAGGAGCCCCUAGUUCAGGUGCUCGUGAGUAAGAAAAUAUCGUCACGGUCCGCAGAGACCGAACGUUACAGAAUAUGGGCAUCUGACGGUGACUACUCUAUUACUUACGGUAUUUUGACCCUUCCUCCUGGCAAACCAGUUGAAGAUUUUUCCAUAAUAAAAUUGAAAAAGUUUGUCAAAAGUGAAAUAAGCAACGCUAAAGGGCCCCAAAAAAUACUUCUCAUAAUAGAUUCAGAAAUUGUCACACCUGGUCAUCAAAUUGGUGUAAAAAUUGGCGAACCUGUCACUUUAACUGAUGAAAUUAUCGCUAGUGAAACUUCAUCAACUCCAAAAGUUUCAACCUCUGAACCACCCGUGAAACAACCCAAGUCUGAACAAUCAACGUCCUUGAACCAGUCUAUUUCUGAGACUAGAGUUUUGAAUCAAAUUAAUGCCCUCACCCCUUAUCACAACAAGUGGGUGAUUAAGGCAAGAGUCACCAAUAAGUCUGAUAUGCGGACUUGGUCGAAUUCGAGAGGCGAAGGCAAGUUGUUCAGUUUUGAUCUUAUGGACGACAGUGGCGAAAUUAGAUGUACGGCCUUUAGGGACAUGGCUGAUAAAUACUUCAAUUAUUUACAGGUUGAUAAAGUUUACUACAUAAGCAAAUGCCAACUCAAGGCAGCUAACAAACAAUUCAACACCCUCAAAAAUGAGUACGAAAUGACCAUUGGGAACGAGACUAUCAUUGAAGAGUGCCUCACUGAUGAUGGCCACGUCCCACAGGUCAAAUACAACUUCGUACCAAUUUCAGCCCUUGCUGAAAAAGAGGUUGGUAAUUUAGUGGACGUGAUAGGCAUUUGUAAAGAAGCGUCCGAAGUACAGACCUUCACUUCGAAAUCGACCAACCGCGAACUGCGCAAGCGCGAAAUUACGCUUGUCGACCAAUCAAAAACUUCGAUUGCGUUGACUUUGUGGGGUAGUCAAGCCGAUUCGUUCGAUGCCACGAAUAACCCGGUUGUCGUCAUCAAGGGGGCUAAAGUGGGUGAAUUCGGGGGUGGAAAAAAUUUAUCAACCCUUAUGAGCAGUCAGAUUAAGUUGAAUCCAGAUAUUCCCGAAUGCCACCGAAUUAAGGGUUGGUACGAUUCUGAGGGACAGUACGAUGCAAUGACGAAUUUGAGCGAAAGGGUUGGAGGAGUUGGGAGUUUUCAGACGGCGUGGAUGAGCUUGAAGGAGGUGCAAGAUAAAGGGUUGGGUCAUUCGGAAAAGGGCGAUUAUUUUCAAGUUAAAGCAACGAUUUUAUUGGUGCGGUCGGAAAAUGCGCUGUAUAAAGCGUGUCCGACUGACGAUUGCAAUAAAAAAGUUGUGGAUUUGGAGAAUGGGAUGUACAGGUGUGAGAAAUGUUGUCGUGAAUUUCCUAAUUUCAAGUAUCGGUUGCUUGUAUCGAUGAACAUUGGCGAUUUUAGCGGUAAUCAGUGGGUGAGUGUUUUUUCGUCAGAAGCAGAGAAAAUUCUAGGAAAGACUGCGCAAGAAAUUGGUCUCACUAUGCGAGAUGAUUCUGAAGCUGGCACUGCUAUUUUCCAGGCGGCUAAUUUCAAACAGUUUAUUUUUAAAUGCAGAGCCAAAAUGGAAAAUUAUAAUGAUGAACAACGGUUGAAAAUUGUUGUUGUUAAAGUGGAUCCAGUUAAUUAUGAAGAGUAUAAUGGUUAUUUGUGCGAACAAAUUGAAGCAUUAAUGGUGUAAAUUUAAUCCACUUUCUACAUGAUCAUUGUUUAAGUUUUUAUGUAAUACCAGUGAAUUUAGCUUUUCUUUAUAUUCUUUAAUUACAAUAAGCUGAUUGUUGAAUGGCAUUGCUUUUUUACAACCGUUUCGAUUUUUAUUAAUAUACUGAUUCUGAAUACAUUAUCAUUUUUUCAA